GACAACAAGACGACAGAAUGGAGUCCAAGUUCUACAAUCAGCCUACCCAGUGGUCCAAGUCAGCCAUCUAUACACUCCUAUUAGGAGGUGCCUUUGUUACUCUGGGAUCAAGUCGUAUCCUUCUGAUGAAAUACUCUGCCAAUGAAGAUAACAAGUAUGAUUAUCUUCCUGCAACGGUGAACGUGUGCUCAGAGUUAGUGAAGCUGGUGCUUUGUUUGAUAAUGGCUCUCUGGGUAACCAGGAAAGGAGGAUAUUCUCAUAGUGGAUUCGGCUGCAACUCAUGGAGGCAAUUCUGUAGCUACGUUAAAUGGUCAAUACCUGCCUUUCUUUAUUUUCUGGAUAAUCUGAUUGUUUUUUAUGUGCUUUCCUACCUCCAGCCGGCCAUGGCUGUGCUGUUCUCAAAUUUUGUCAUUAUAACAACUGCCCUCCUGUUCAGGAUAGUCCUGAAACGGCAGCUCUCCUGGGUGCAGUGGGCCUCUCUGCUGAUUUUGUUCCUGUCGAUCAUAGCCCUUACUGCCGGGACCGGAAGCAACCACCACAGCUUGGCCGUUCAUGGAUUUCACCACGACCUUUUUUUCAGCCCAUCGAACCACUGUCUGCAGUACACCCGGCCGGAGGAUGAGUGCUGGGGGAGAGAAAACUGCACAACGCUGUGGCUCUUCCCCAGUUUCACAUGGAACAUCACCACCACUGCCACGGGAGUCUUGAGACCGCUUCGGCUCGGCCUGGGACACCUGCUCAUACUACUUCAGUGCUUUAUCUCUGCUCUGGCCAACAUCUACAAUGAAAAGAUCCUGAAAGAAGGCGGCCAGUUCAGCGAAAACAUCUUUGUGCAGAACACUAAGCUGUACCUCUUCGGAGCCAUGUUCAACGGCCUGAUACUGGGCCUGCGCACUGAACAUCGAGGCCAGAUAGAGUUCUGCGGGUUUUUCUAUGGCCACAACGUGUUCUCCGUAGCCCUUAUUUUUGUCACUGCUUUCCUGGGGCUCUCAGUGGCUUUCAUCUUGAAAUUCCGAGACAACAUGUUUCAUGUUCUGACAGCACAAGUCACAACUGUGAUCAUCACCACCGUGUCCGUCUUCGUCUUUGACUUCAAGCCUUCUAUGGAGUUCUUCUUGGAGGCUCCAGUGGUGCUUUUGUCCAUAUUUAUCUACCAUUCCAGCAGCCCUCGAUGCACAGAAUCUACUGCGCAGUGGGAGAGGAGCAAGCUUGGAGGAGGUGCAUGGGAGCGUUCCAGUGGGGAUGGAGAAGAACUCGAGAGGCUUACCAGACCAGACAGUGAUCCUGAUUCAGAAGAAGAGGCCUUAUAGUGUUUGGAUUCUUGAGUUUUAGACAGUUCUCCUCAGAAGAAAGGAAUUCUGCAGUUCCAGGGGG